AUGUCUCGGUACCACAAGGCGGCCAUUGACGGCAACUCGGACCUUUUGAAGGAGGCCACAAGAAAGGACCUGAACUGGCCAGACGAGGAUGGCAUGACGCCCACCUUGCUGGCCGCUUUCCACGGACACGUGAAUGCACUCCAGCUCAUCUGCAGCAGAGGGGGAGACCCCAACAGAAGCGACAUCUGGGGCAACACGCCGCUGCACCAUGCCGCCGCUAACGACCACAUGAACAUCCUCAGCUUCCUGGUCAGCUUUGACGCCAACCUGUUUGCGUUGGACAAUGACUUUCACACUGCUAUGGACGUCGCUGCGUCACGGGACCGCAUGGAGUGUGUGCGCUUCCUGGAUGGUGCGGCCUCCCAGCAGACCAGCCAGAAUCCAAAGCGGGUCGCCAGGUUAAAGAAGGAGGCCAGCAAAGAAGCAGAGAAACGGAGGAAACUCUGCGAGAAGGUGAAGAGGAGACACCAAAGCAAGAUGAAUAAGAUGUACCGCGGCGCAGACGCCGUGGGGUCUGUUUCGGAGGCCAGCGAGACAUCGGCUUUGCCGAGCAGUGACACGGUUAGCGAGCAGUUCUCCAAGCUUAUUGCCUCUGACCAAACUGGCUCGCUGACAGCCAGAAUGAGAGGCACACUGCAGAAGAAGCUCGGAAAGAAAGAAAAGGGGACUCUGCAGAGAUCUGGCGCAGAUGGAAACGUCGUUUUCCUCAAGCAGGAAGACGGAGCGUCCGGGAAUCCUGACUUCUUGGAUGUUUUCAACGAGCAGGAUGAGAGGAGGCUAGAAGAGGAAGAAGAGGCCGACCAUGAUGACGAUAGUGACUCGGGUCAAGUCAAACAGUCCAUCUUUAACAGACCCGGUCUUGGUGGUCUUAUUUUUAUGAAGAGGAUGAGCCUGGAGACGGAGGAGGUCUUUAGUGGAAACAGCAAAAAUCUGGGCUACCUGGUUAAAAAUGAAACACUGGAGGAAGAGGAAGAGGAAGAGGGGAAUGCCAACGCGGAUGUGCCGUGGGAGCAGGAAGACCUGGGCCUGGAUGACGAGGAGGAGGAGGAGACUUCUCCGCUGGACGCCUUUUUGUCUUCCAUUCACUUGUCAGAGUUUGCCUUGGCUUUCACCAGAGAGCACUUGGACCUGGAGGCACUCAUGCUUUGCUCAGACGAAGACCUGAAAAGCAUUCGCAUCCAGCUGGGACUUAGAAAGAAGAUCCUGGAAGCGGUUUCGCGUCGGAAAAACGUGCUGGAACGCCCGUGUGCCAUGGGGGACAGCUGUCUGUGAGGACUCCAAAAAAGAUGACAUUAGAAUGUGCCAUGUUUCAGAGAGGAAGUUUGAUUUGUUGUGCAAAAAGUGAUUCAACUAUCUCAAAAACAACAGCUGGAAUAACACUUGUUAGAAUAAUUAUGUGUAAGUUAUCACACAUCUCCUAUGCUUAAAGGCUGUUGCUAUAGUUAUUAUCAAUUGUGCUGAAGCUGUACUUUUCUAUCUGUGCAAAGCGAGUCGCCUCGUAUCAGUGUUUGUGUCCAGAACCGGCCUGCUGACUGCCAAGGCCGAACAUCGAGUACCGUGACGCAGACAAAGCAGAGGCAGGGCGAUAUCACGAGUGUCAGCACAUUUGCAUUUCUGAAUAAUCAUACACUACCGUUCAAAAGUUUGGGGUCACCCAAACAAUUUUGUGGAAUAGCCUUCAUUUCUAGGAACAAGAAUAGACUGUCGAGUUUCAGAUGAAAGUUCUCUUUUUCUGGCCAUUUUGAGCGUUUAAUUGACCCCACAAAUGUGAUGCUCCAGAAACUCAAUCUGCUCAAAGGAAGGUCAGUUUUGUAGCUUCUGUAACGAGCUAAAGUGUUUUUAGAUGUGUGAACAUGAUUGCACAAGGGUUUUCUACUCAUUAAUUAGCCUUCUGAGCCAAUGAGCAAACACAUUGUACCAUUAGAACACUGGAGUGAUAGUUGCUGGAAAUGGGCCUCUAUACACCUAUGUAGAUAUUGCACCAAAAACCAGACAUUUGCAGCUAGAAUAGUCAUUUACCACAUUAGCAAUGUAUAGAGUGUAUUUCUUUCAAGUUAAGACUAGUUUAAAGUUAUCUUCAUUGAAAAGUACAGUGCUUUUCCUUCAAAAAUAAGGACAUUUCAAUGUGACCCCAAACUUUUGAACGGUAGUGUAUAUUGUGUCUAACUGGGGCUGCUGAAAUUACCCCCCUUCCUUCAGCAGCAGCCUCAGUGAUGAAUAAUAAUAAUAAUAAUAAUAAUAAUAAUGGAUUAGAUUUAUAUAGCGCUUUUCUAGACACUCAAAGCGCUUCACAGAGAAGUAAAUACUAAUAUGCUUCCAGAAGUGGUCCAGAAGAUGUUUCAGAU